AUGAAACCGAAGGGAAAGAAAGGGAAGGGAAGCCGGGAGGAAGGAGAUGAAUCAGAGAGAACGCCGGUAGCGGAACCCGUUCCCCAAGGAAUGGGAAAAGAUGAGAUAGAUCUGAAUGAAACGGCUAAAAAGCAGGGCCUUAUGACUGAUGAGGAGUUUGAGGCGCUUUUAGAUGAGGUGACCAGGAUUGAAGAUGGCACUGCCGAGAUGGCUGAGGGUCUGGACCUCGCAUCAAAGGCAGUAGGAGGAGGAGACAAGGUGGAAGAGAAACAGACUGAAGACGAAGAGCCGAAGUCAGGGACUCCCCAGCCAGAAGCAGGGGAGAGUGAUACACACAUCGAGGAGAAGGAGACCGAGGUACAACCAGUGGAACCAGAGAAGGUGGUACCACCAGUAUUGAAACCGAAAGCAGUUAGAAAAUUGGUGUUGAAGGAUGAUCCGAAGGCAGAACGGAAGAAGCCAAAGAAAGUAUCGCAAAGAUGCUUCGGGAAAUGGACAUCCAGCAAGGCAGGAGCAAACACAGCAGCAAGUGCAGUGGAGAUCUCAGGUGAAGAAGAAAGGACUACUCCUACAAAACCUGGGGAGGAAUCCUUGUCAGCUACCAACUUGAAAGAUGCCUCGACAGCAACCGAAGUGGUCUCACCCACGCCGAGUGGCCAGAGAGAGGAAACUGACAAGAUGGCUGAGGGUCUAGACCUCGCAUCGGAGUCAAUAGGUCACGCAGAGCCAGUAGAUGACAGUACCCAUAUCCGCGUGGAGACCCAGCCUGCUGCCCAGAAGGAGCCUUCGACACCAAUAGAGGAGAGACUGGAGGAAGACGAAGACGGAGAUGAAGAUAGGUACCUCCAGGAGAGGAAAAGGAAGGGGAAAGCCCCUGUUACAAAGAAGCCAAGCAGCAAGAAGCAACGCACGGUCAACACCGGCAUCGUCAUCACAGAGUCAGAUCAGAGAGCCCCACUGCGCCAAAGGGAGCCGAGUGACAGUGAGUAUACCGCCAGUGAAGAAUCGGGGUCAGAAAGCGACGUCUCCCUAGAGGACGAGGAGUAUGGAGAAAAGCAGCUCCCACACAACCAUCGUGAGUUGAUGCAUCCUCCGGUGGAAAGAUUGAAGUACCGGCAUUGGAGAGUGGAGCUCACAUACGAGCUAAUAGUAGACAUGAAGCAUUUCAGCACCAAAAAGCUGCAGGAUGCAUUUGAUGACAAAGAUGAUGGCAGCAAGCAGAUUAAAAGCGGGAAGGUACUCUAUUUUCCCUCUCUUGAUGAAUUGAAUGCCCGAGAGCCUUUCUUGUCGCAUUUGAGUGCGUUGUGUUUUGACUGGUUGUUGGAGAAUAGAGACCCGAGUAUACCUAUUAGGUUGGCAAAGAAAUUUUUCACCACCUUUAGAUUCAGGGUCACUGCUGACCUGGAUGAAGAGUCCAUAACCUUUAGGGUAUUCGGGAGAGAAGUGAGGACGAGCUUGAUCGAGUGGACGGUCAGAUUGGGAAUGUGUAGCUUAGAAGAGGCCAUAGGGCCAGAAUGGAGAAGUAGGGAGAGGGGGAUUCCCCGGAGGCACAUCGAAUUUGAACCCCAGGAAGCGUGGGUGGAACUAACUCACCCAGCUGUUGGGUAG